AUGUCCACUUCAACACCCAACUCCACCGAUACAUCCCCGGUCACGCGCAUAGCGACAUUCCGGUUCCUACCCAACGUCACCGCGGAGCAAAAAGGCGAUCGCGCAUCCGCCUUUCUCGCGCUUUACGCUGAGCAUCCGGAGCUGCUGAUCGAAGGACCAAAAGGAGGAAGACCGCUGAAUACGCCAUUGAACCUGACAAACGUGAAGAGGGAGAGUGUAUGGGAUUUGGGGUUCGUUGUAGUCUUCAAGGACGAAGCCGCGAGACAGGUGUUUGACAAAGAUCCCACGCAUGAUAAAUUGAAAAAUGAGACGGACCCGUUGCUCGAGCAGGUAUUUGUGUAUGACUUCGUCGCGCAGCCGAAUUUGGGGUGGUGA